CCUCUGGCCGGAAGCGCCGAGGCAAACGGCGUGGGUCUGGCGCUUGGGCACUCGGAGCGUGCGGAGCCGGCCCGGGGUGGCUCCAGGCUUGCGCUGCGAUGCUGACCCCCGCGUUCGAGCUGAGCCAGGACCGCGACUUCCUCACGGUCGCCAUCCGCGUGCCGCACGCGCGCGUCUCCGAGUUCGACGUGUACUUCGAGGGGGUGGACUUCAAGUUCUACGCCAAGCCGUACUUUCUGAGAUUAACACUUCCCGGAAGGAUUGUAGAAAAUGGAGGUGAGCAGGGGUCCUAUGAUGCAGAUAAAGGAAUUUUUACCAUUCGAUUGCCCAAGGAAACUCCUGGCCAGCAUUUUGAGGGGCUGAACAUGUUAACUGCUCUUCUGGCCCCAAGAAAGUCCAGGUCUGCCAAACCACUUGUGGAAGAAAUAGGUGCUUCUGGUGUUUCUGAGGAAGGAGCUGACGACGAGGAUUCAGAUUUUGACUGGGAAAUUGAGCAGACUCCCUAUGAAGAGGUCUCAGAAAGUGCUCUGCAAUCACAGUGUCACUAUGGAUUUGGAAACCUGCGGGCUGGUGUGGUUCAGCGGUUACAGGAUGAACUGAGUGAGGUUAUUGAUAUUAAGGAUCCAGAUUUCACUCCUCUGACUGAACGAAGGCAGAAACGCCUGGCUGCUGAGCUGGCCAAAUUUGACCCGGAUCAUUAUCUAGCUGACUUCUUUGAAGAUGAGGCAGUUGAGCAGAUUUUGAAGUAUAAUCCCUGGUGGAAUGAUGCACAUGCAGAGAUGAUGGCCUCGUUGGGAAAGAGCCAAGAGCAUGGAGACAAUGCUGCGUUAGCUCUUAAAAUGGAGCAAUGUUCAGAUUGUGGAGGUCCCAGAAGUACCUGCCACAUCGCCUUUUCACAGGCCACCUCACCCCAGGAGUACCCUGGCUCUACUCUGACAGUAACUGAAUUGUCUUUUUCAGAAGAGGAGAAAUAUCAGCUACGAAAAUUUGUGAAUAAGUCUUACCUGCUGGACAAGACAGCUCAUCGUCAAGUGUACUACAGUUUAGUUGACAUCCUUCUGGCCUAUUGCUAUGAAAUACGUGUCACUGAAGGAGAGCACAAUGUGGAGUCUGCAUGGACGGUCAGAAAGCUGAGCCCCACCCUCUGCUGGUUUGAGACUUGGACAGAUGUUCAUGAGAUCCUGGUGUCUUUUGGAAGGAGAGUUUUGUGCUAUCCACUUUAUCGUCAUUUCAAGCUGGUGAUGAAAGCCUACAGAGACACUAUAAAGAUACUGCAACUAGGUAAGAGUGCAGUUUUAAAGUGUCUCCUGGAUGUUCACAAAAUCUUUCAGGAAAAUGACCCAGCGUACAUUUUGAAUGAUCUCUACAUCUCAGACUACUGUGUAUGGAUUCAGAAAGCCAAGUCCAAAAAGUUGGCUGCCCUCGCAGAAGCCUUGAAAGCGGUCUCCCUCAGUAAGGCCCAGCUGGGGUUAGAGCUGGAAGAGCUGGAGACUGCUGCGCUUCUUGUCCAGGAGGAAGAAACUGCCAGAGAAGCAGCCCAGUGUGGGCCCACGCAGCGGGUGCCAGGCUCCAGUCCCGAGGCCAGUGACUCGGACAGCACCUCAUCGUCUGACACAGAAGACUCAGCUUCAGAGCCCGAGGAGCUUGUUGGGACCCAGCCCUUGCUGCUCACUCCUCUGCAGGACCCCCUUUUGGAAGAAGACAGUGCCCUGCUCACCCAGGAGAGUGGGCUCUGCAGAAACAUGGCCAGCCAGGGAUGUGAAGUCAGUCAAGGGCAGACACUGGCCUCUACCCGGGCUCCUCUGAUAGAGGAGGUUGGAGAAGAGCUGAGGACCAUCCUUCAGGUUUCCACACCUCCUGGUGUCAAUGCUGGGAGCCACAGCAGUAUGCAGGAUGGAGAGGAGAGGGGACAGGUGCCCCGUGAUUGACUCAAGGGUUGGCUCAUUAUGGGGAACUAGGUCAGCUGUGCUCUCAUAUGGCCGUGGAAUUUGAUUUCCAUUGUGUACUUUUCCUGUCCCAUAGAGGACAUUGCUUUUCAGUGAGCUAACAUUUAAACCUUUAAUUCUUUUGGUUUGCAACUUGAAAAGUAAAACCCUAAAGUAUUCUUUCCAAGGUAUAAGUAACAUUUUAAAAUGAGGACCAUAGUUCUAGUAAGAAAAGUUCUAGACCAGUGGUUCUCAACCACCCUAAUACUGAGACUCUUUACCUCUUCAUGUUGUGGUGACCCCCAGACAAAAAAUAUUCUGUUGCUACUUUGUAACUGUAAUUUUGCUACUGUUAUGAAUUGCAGUAUGAAUAUCUGAUAUGGCAGAUAUCUGAUACUUAACCCCCAAAAGGGUCAAGACCUACAGGUUGAGAACCACUGUUCCAGACUGUAGUGGGACAGCUGACUGGUAGGACUCACAUUUGAAGUGUGCACUGUGAGAAAUACUAACAGGUGAGCACACCAGGUGAAAUGCUCACUGCAGCCAGGAUGUUUGACAUUUGACAUCCCCUUCUCCAGGCCAGAUGCCACCCACCUGUGUUCCCUGAGCGACCCCUGCUGUGCUGUGUCGUAGUCCAGUAGCUUGCAUUACCUGCCCUGUACAUAAACCGAAGCAUUCGGUGCACACUUUGGAUCGGGCUCUUCUCGCUGCACAUAAUUAUUGUGAGAUUGACAGGUGUGCUAAUGUGUGCCGAGUCUUUUGUGUUGUCUUCUCGGUGUGCAGACUGUGCAGACCUGUUCUUGGAAUGGAUUUGUCCAUUCCCCCACUGGUGGACAUUUGAGUUGCUGCCAGUGUUUUGACUGUUAAUAAAGCUGUGUGAGCAUUUGGGUACAA